UGAAAAUUCAUUGCACCCAAAUUUUUGUGAAAUGACUUUUUUUAAUGCUUUUUCUGUGAGCAAGUGAAUGUAAAUUUUGUACAUAUUUUUCUGCCUUUUUAUUUUUUUUUCAUUUAAUGAAAUAGUUUUCAUCGUAAUUUGUUUCAAUACAAAUAUAUUUGUGAUAAUAAGUAAAUCCUAUUCCUCUUAGGUUUAGUACUCUUUGAUCAAAGUUCCUCUCUUUGUAGACUUUCCUCCAUUUUCUCUGGACAGCAGUCCUACCAUGUCUCUAAAUAAGAACACUUUUAAAACUAAACCAGUGUCAUCAUCUACUUUUCGUGUGCAGAAGGAAAAUGCUGUCCCUAUUAAAAAUGAAGGAUUGUCAAUUAAGAAAACUUCUGCAUUUGAGAAAAUUGAACCUCGUUCAAAAUCGCAAAAUACUUUAGAACUAUUGAAACAGAGCAAAGUGCCUGACAAAUCUCAAGUUAAUAAGCAGACUGUUCUUAAAGAAAUACAGCAAGGUCAAAAACCAGCCUUACAGUCAUCUAAUGCUGAUAACAAAAAUAAAUUAAAAGAACAAAAAAUUGCUAGUGCUGUUGCAACAUCAAAGUCUGCUACUACUGUUGCAGCAUCAAAGUCUGCUGCUCAUGUUGCAACAUCAAAAUCUGCUUCUACUGUUGCAACAAAAUCUGCUACUACUGUCGACACAUCAAAAUCUACUACUACUAGUGUGACUACAAAAUCUACUUCGGAUGAACGUGCUUACAAGAAAUCUGCAGCUCCUUCAUCUGCACAAUCUUCGAAUGAUCAGGCAGGGAGGAAAAAGUGGACACUUGAUGACUUUGAUAUUGGUAAACCAUUAGGAAAAGGCAAAUUUGGUAAUGUCUAUUUAGCUAGAGAAAAAACAAGCAAAUUUGUGGUUGCUUUAAAAGUUUUGUUUAAGUGUCAACUGAAACAAAAUGGGGUAGAGCAUCAACUGAGGAGAGAAAUUGAGAUUCAAUCACACUUAAGACACCGUAAUAUCUUAAGACUUUAUGGAUAUUUCUAUGAUGAUAGCAGGGUUUAUCUAGUCCUUGAAUAUGCUCCUGGUGGAGAAUUGUACAAAGUAUUGCAACAAGUGAAACGAUUUGAUGAAAAGACUGCAGCUGGUUAUGUGGCUAAAGUUGGAAGUGCUCUGAAAUAUUGUCAUUCCAAGAAAGUAAUCCAUCGAGAUAUCAAACCUGAAAAUCUGCUUUUAGGACAAAAUGGUGAAUUGAAAAUUGCUGAUUUUGGCUGGUCAGUUCAUGCUCCUUCCUCCAGACGUACCACUCUUUGUGGUACUUUAGAUUAUUUAGCACCUGAAAUGAUUGAGAACAAAACAUAUGAUGAAAAAGUGGACUUGUGGUGUCUAGGAAUACUUUGUUAUGAGUUUCUUGUAGGAAAACCUCCAUUUGAAGCUUCCAACAUGCAUACCACUUAUUCUUUAAUAAGAUCUGUUGCUCUCAGGUUUCCUUCUUUUGUCUCUGCUGAAGCUCAAGAUUUUAUUUCUAGGUUGCUGAAGAAAGAGCCAUCAGAAAGGAUGAGUGUAGAUAAUGUAUUAAAGCAUCCUUGGGUUUUAAAACACACUGCUGAAGAACAACUUCCAACAUCUGCCCAGUAGAAAAUAAUUGCUGGGUGUAAUUAAAUGUCUUACUCUGCAUUGUUCUGAGUUUUUCAGAAUACGUAGAUUUUUAUAUGUACUAGUUUGUGUAUGCAAUAUAUCAAGCAGCAUUUAAUAUAUAAAAUAGCUUAUACAAAAUAUAACACAACUUAAAAUUUUUAUUUAUACUGUGUCUUCUGUUUAUGAUGGACAUAUAUAUAUAUAUAAUCUUUUUAUGGGUCCUUUUUAUUUUAUGUGGGUCCGUGCCAUCUAGUGAACAAGAUUUUGGAUGCGUUAGUUGCAUUCUGAAUCUAUUGUGAUUUUUUUUAAUUUUAAAAUGUUUCAAUUUUUUUAAUGUUAAUAAUUUGUCUUGGUAUGUAUAUUCUAGCAUUUUGUUUUGUGAAUCAUUAUACUGUAAACUAGUGCUUGUGGCUACUGUAAAAAUUGCCUUCAAUCAAUGUAUAUUUUUGUCAUGGGUCUACAGAAUAAAAUCAAUGAAAUUUGAUAAUAAAUA